ACGACUGAUAAACAUGAAGUGUCGAGCAGUCAGAUGUUAAAUCUGAUAGAAUGAACCGCUAAACUAACAUAAACUACACAAUUAUGUGGCUUAACACUCACAAACAGCGCUCUACAUGGAAGUAUUUAUGAGUAUUAUAUUAGAUAGUCUCUGACAGAGGCACCAGUCUUCUCUGUCUGCUGUUUAUUUACACGUAAUUUUAUUUUUAUAUGAGUAAGUUGUAUUAGUCACGAUGGAUUACCUGCUUCAGGUGAAAGUUGGAGCUCUGGUCGGCCUGCUGCUUUUAACCCUGUUUUUUGGGUUCAUUCCUGCGCGGAUGAAAUGGUUUCAUGUCACUGGGGGAACAGAGCUCCACAAGGUCGUGCUGAGUUUUGUGAGCUGUUUCGCAGGAGGCGUCUUUCUGUCUGCCUGUUUAUUAGACAUCAUCCCAGACUACCUGUCUGACAUACACGGUGAACUACAAAAACGAGACCUCGAUGAUGGCUUCCCACUUGCAGAGUUUAUCAUGGCUUGCGGCUUCUUUAUGGUGUUAAUCUUGGAAAAAUUAGUUCUAAGUUGCACCGAGGGCCACAGAAAUGAGGAGACGGCUCCUCUUCUCGCACCAGAGGUGCCUAAUGGACACGCACAUGGACAUCACUCCGUCAAUGAUCUGGAGGGGAGUGGACAUCACGUUCAUGUGGAUUUUCAUGCACACUCAUCCUUCCGCUCCUUCAUGCUCUUCCUGUCUCUCUCUCUUCACUCUGUUUUCGAGGGUUUGGCUAUUGGCUUGCAGACGACGAACGCCAAGGUACUGGAGAUCUGCAUCGCCAUCCUGGUCCACAAGAGCAUCAUCGUGUUCAGUCUGUCAGUGAAGCUGGUUCAGAGCGCCGUCAAGCCUUUAUGGGUGGUGCUGUACGUGACUGUCUUCGCCAUAAUGUCUCCUCUAGGCAUCGGCAUCGGGAUUGUGGUCAUCGAGACGGAGCGGCAGGCUGGGGCUCUGAUCCAGGCGGUGCUGGAAGGACUGGCGGCCGGGACGUUCAUCUACAUCACCUUCCUGGAGAUCCUUCCCCAUGAGCUGAACUCAUCGGAGCGGCCGCUGCUCAAAGUCUUAUUCCUCCUGUGUGGAUUCUCCAUCAUGGCUGCUUUGUGUUUUCUGGGCUGAACCACCAGAGGAAAUCAAGCUGGCUGAUUUCAGGUGAUUUCAGAAAUAAUGAGUACUUCAGUUUUUUAUUUCAUUUUUUUAGAGGAACUGAGUGUUUCUUAAGAGCAGAUGUGUAGUAAUAUAUCUCAUAAUGGCUGCUCUGUGUUUUCUGGCCUGAAAGACACUGUUAUUGUUUUUUAGUGUGUGUGAAAUGCCUGAGGAAAUCAUGCUGACUGACUUCUGAUUUCACGUGAUUUCAGAAUAAUGAGUAUUUCAGUUUGCUCUUUUUAUUUUUAGAGGAACUGAUUGAGUUUUUUUACAAGCGCAGAAGAUGCUGCAGUUUUUGUGAGGACUUUUAGAUGAUUGUUUCACAAUGCAUUUCAAGAAGUACUUCAAGUGAUAGAAAUGUGUUUUGCUGAUGAAACGUCAGCAGUGCAGAAUACGGUUUUAUUUAUAGAUAUUUUUAGGUUUUUACUUUUUUUCCCCCCCCUCAAAGUCACAUAUUAUAAAAGUUGUUUUCGUGCCUUUUUUUGCUUCCUUUAUUGACUUGAAUAACACUAUCUCUAAAAGUGCCAACUGUCUGAUCAAAUGCAUUAUCAAAUAUAAUUAAUAUAUUUCUAUGUAUUUGUACAAUAUUUUAAUGUUAUUUCACCCAUUUUUACUUUUUUACUUUGAUCCUUUUUAUUAAAAAUGGAUGAAAGAAAUGUUGGUGACCAAAUCCAAUCAAAUUAAAUUUGCUAAAUUGAUUUUACAUACACAGAAAGCAUAAUGUGUCUACUUUGUUUCGAAUACUUUUGCCAAAAUAAAAUGCAAUUAUGGUUAAAUAAUUUCCAUUUAUUAAUUAAAGUGUUAUUUGAAGUA